UCGAUAAGGUAUAGCCACUUGACCCACCAUUCUUCAGAGUCAAAUCGAUUUUCAAGAUUCGCGACUUAUACAUCCCGCACGCAGUCGCAUGACCCUUUCCCGACCUUUAAAAAAAAAAAAGGCCACACUACUUCGAUAUCCGACGGGCAGGAGGCACUCAUCCAUACGCCUUUGCGCAAAAAAUAAAUUGCUCUAAAUAAAUAAGCGAAAGCGAUCUAAGAGGGGGCAAAAAAAAAAAGAAAGAAAAGAAAAGAAAAGAAAACCGCCGCGAUGCAGCCCACGCAAGCGCUCCAAAAGGCCUUCCGGAAGCUGCCGCUGACGACCAAGGACAUCAAGAAGGGCUUCUACAAGGGCACGCGGACGGGCAGCAUGGGCCAGCACACCAGGUUCGGAGGGUAUAUCAUCGACUGGAAGAAGGUGCGCACCUACGUCGUGCCCGCCGACAUGGAGAGCUUCAAGUUGACCCCCUUCGUGGCGAACAGAGUACCCAAGGCAAGAGGUCGGUACGAGGGGUACGCCAAGGGCCCCAAGAGCCCGGAGCUGUACUUAGAUCGGUGGAAGGCGGAGAAUGGGCUGGAUUAAGGCGGGUGGACGGGCACAUUGUCAACAAUAAAGAGAUAAAUAGAGCCACCCACAAGGUCCAACUCUAAGCAACGACAGGAGGGGGGGCAAUGCGCUGGGUCUAUUAGAUAGGCACCGAGGGCUGAGUCCCGCUCAACGCUGGCUGUUUGACUAUGGAUGGAUGGAUGGAUGGAUGGAUGGGUAUAAUAUCCAAGUUCCCAGGCCAUCGACAUGGCACAUGAGCGUGAUCCUAGAGUCUAUCAAGGCCGCUGGUAGAUCAUGCUAACGGGUCUAUAUAAAAACUGUACCAUACUGUUCACAUAACAUAUACUACGCAUCUACAUAGCCUCAAAGAAAAAAAACUCGCAUAUAUUUAUACAUUCCAUAAACGACCUACCACAAUCACACCAUCUCA